AUUUUACUGUAUUUUGAUAUAAUAAUUAAUAUUAAAGACUAACAAGUCAAAAAAUAAAUAUGACAGUAGAGCUGCGGAACGGUGACAAGUACUAUAUAAACCUGCGACGCUUGGGUCACCUACCCGGCAUAGUUCGCCACGUGUGACCUACAUCAUAAAAAUAAAUAAAUAAAUAAAUAACAAAGAAUGUAAAAAUUAUUUCCUUAUUCGGUCACCGAGCGGUGACAAACAGUCCAAUCACUUGGUAACAUGUGUACAAACCUUGGUCACACGUAGUAACGGUUCUACCUACCUACCUAUCCAAACGUCAAAACCCAUUUCCCCUCCAACCUCAGUCUCAACACAGCACUGCACGACCUUUGUCAUGUCCAUUUCCCUCUCUAAAAUUCCCCAAUUUCCAAACCCUAAUUCUCUACAUGACAAUCCCUCUGCGAAACUCUCCCCUUCUUCUCCGCAAUUGUCCCAUAAAUCUCCCUUCAUUUUCCACGCUUCCCCCGUUUUGUCGCCCUCCAAGUCUCCCCAUGGAUGCAGCAGCGCCAGACGGCCGUGUCUGUGCCAGUCCUCCAAGCUUCCGCCCUUUUUGGAUCACGAAUCGCCGUUUCUGUCGAUUCUUCUAGAGAUUCCGCGUUGGGCGGACGGCGUAAAGGAGCGCGGCAUGCGGCAGAAGCGGUUGUUGUACGAUCACGAGAAAUGGGUGGACCACCGGAGCUCUUUGCGUCACGUUCGGCAUUUCAUGACGAGCUUGAGUUCGCGGGUGAUUCUGUCGUUGGUUCCACCGGUGAUCGUGUUCACUUCUGUAGCGGCGGUCAUCGCCAGCUACAACACGGCGCUUUCGCUGCACUGGCUGCCGGAGUUUCUACCCGUGCUGAGAGCCUCGUCCCUGUCGUACCAGCUGACGGCGCCGGCGCUGGCGCUGCUUCUGGUUUUCAGGACGGAGGCGUCGUACUCGAGGUUCGAGGAAGGGAAGAAGGCCUGGACGGAAGUAAUUGCGGAGACUAAUGACCUCGCAGGACAGGUGAUUGCGAGCGUGGUGAGUCCAAGGGACGUGAUGCUUAGGAAGGCAAUUUUGCAGUACAUCAUGGCGUUUCCAGUCGCCCUCAAGGACUUUUUGCUCUGGUUCGUCCUACAAUGGCUUCCGAAGAUUAGAAGAGGCGAAUGGAUGUCUGCAGAAUUUGUGAUCUUUUGCCACAUCCUUUAUGGCUCGGAUAUUGCUGAAGAUCUUCAGAACAUACUCAAUGCCGAGGAUUUAAAUGUAGUCCUUGAUUCAAAGCACCGUCCCCGCUGUAUCAUCGAAUUCAUCUCCCAUAGCCUGCAGUUGCUCGAUAUGGAUGCCACCACGCGCCAUACUCUGGAGUCGAAACUAGGCUCGUUCCAUGAAGGAAUUACGAUAUGUGAACAGCUCAUCGGUAUACCCAUCCCUCUAUCCUACACUCGGCUGACGUCUCGGUUUCUAGUGCUGUGGCAUCUAACUCUCCCGAUCAUCCUCUGGGACGACUGCCACUGGCUCGUUGUCCCCGCAACUUUUAUCAGUGCUGCUUCUCUGUUCUGCAUUGAGGAGGUUGGUGUUCUGAUCGAAGAGCCGUUCCCAAUGCUGGCGCUGGAUGAACUGUGCCGUGACUUUCGCGGCAACAUUGAGGAAGUGAUGAGAAGUGAGAAGGUGAUUCGGGCUCGAGUCAACACCCGAAUAAUGAGCCAUCCUAAGAAGAAGCAGAGCCCCAGCCACUCCCCCAAUGGCUGGCAUAGUGCUACGUCUACCUCACUUGAAGAUAGAGAGCCUGGAUGAACUGACUGACCAGGUCUGUCUGUGAUUUCUUCACUUAUUCAUCAUAAUGUCUGUAUGUGUGUGUGUGUAUAUAUAUAUAUAUAUAUAUAGAGAGAGAGAGAGAGAGAGAGAGAGAGAGAGAGAGAGAGAGAGAGAGAGAGAGGGUAUAGAUAUUAGAUAGAGUAGAAUGGAGUGUUAAUGUUAUGGCAUGUGGAUGGAAGAGCAGUAGUAGAAGUUCACUUGCAGUGUGGGUGUGGCUGCGAUGUCUUUUUAAUUAGUUUUAUUAUCUCAAAA